GCGGCCUACGUCCGGGACUUCCACCGGGCCCUGCAGGCCGCUUCGCCGCGCGAGGCCGCGGCCGAGGCUGCGGCCCCCGGGCUCGCCAACGCCACGGCUCGGGAGGCGUGGGUCACAUUCCUGUGGGGAGGCGCUGGUAAACGAGCUGCCGAUGCCGCGAUGUUGUAUUCCGAGGUCAUCCGCACCCUCGCGCACUCUGUGCGGGCGGCGGACGCCCCCCUGCGGCGCGCGUUCGUGGUGCUCACCGUGGGCGACCUGCCCCUGCGGGUGCGCAG